AUGAAUGUAAAAACAUCAGAAGAUGUUUACAAUUUUGCGAAAGACUGUUUAAAAAUAAAAGAAGAAAUAGAUAAUAGCACAAAGCAGAUCCCCAAAAAGGAAAAAAAAAAAAACUCAUGUCAAUGGAAGAAUAAUAUAUCCAAGUACAACUCUGAUUAUUCAAAGUUUGAAAGAUGCCUUAAAGAAAUUGAAGAAAAUGACGAACUGGAGGAGGAGCAGAAGCAGAAGCAGGAAAACAAACAACACUUGCUAAAUAGUAGAAACCCCUGUACGCAUGACCAUUCCAAGGAAAGACAAUUAUAUGAAAAAGAAUCCAAAGAGAAAAUAAAAGCCUCGAACACUUUUAAUGAAGAAGGGAAGAAAGCGUUUUACGAAAAAAAUUACAAACUCGCUUGCGUUUACUUUCGAAAGGGGCUCAUACAGUUGGAUUAUUCCUUCCCCGACUCAGAGGAAGAGCAGUAUGAACAGAACAGACUCGAAAUUAACUUACAUUUGAACUUAGCCAUAACGAAGUUUCACAUGUCCAACUAUCACGAAUGCAUCAGUGAAUGCUCCACGGUUCUCAACCUCGACAAGAACAACGUAAAGGCGCACUACCGAAAGGGACAUGCCUACAUGAGCCUGCACAUGUAUAGCGAAGCAAAGGAGGAAUUCUUAAAGGCGCUAGAAAUGAACCCCACAGAUAAUGACGUCAAAAGGUCCCUACUGACUUUGAAGAACAAAAUGGUCAAUUAUUCCAAGAAGGAAAAAUUAGUGUGCUCUAAGUUUUUCCCUUCCAGUGUAAAGGAAGACAAGAACGAAAACGACAACUUGGCGAUGGGGAAAAAGGGACCCAACAAUACCAACGCAACGGAUCCACCAAAUCAUGAUGGUGAUAACAUACAAAAUUCUGACGCAGGUAAAAGUAUACCUAUAAUGACCGCACAGAAUGAUCACACGAAAGAAUUUCAAAAGAAAAGCGUCACUACUAGCAACAUGAUACUAAAUUGGGGGGAGGAACAGAACCCUUGCGGUUUUGCCAACAGAAGGAAAGAAUACAUCCCAACUUUUGCAUCAAAUGGGUCGAAUUUUUUUAAAAACUCUUCUCCAAUUUUCUUAUUAAACAACAUAUUUUUAUAUCUCCUGGCUGUUACCUCUUUGCACUACAUUUAG